AGCAGCUUUGCUUUGUCUCCGUUCAUGGCUCCACUCAGCGCAACCCAGUUCAGGACCUCGUGGCCACCAUGUCCAGCUUCUUCCUCCACUUCCUCAUACGUCAGGCUCUUCAACCAAGUUCGGUCUCCGUCGCAGAACUUUUCCAAAAACAUCCGAUCCCACUUGUCGUUGACCAAUGGGUGCUUGCUAUUCAGAGGAUACUCGUUCUUCUUGGCCAUUUCGAUCUCAUAGUCGUCGAAUCGGACGAACAGAUCCGGGUACUUUUUCAGGACGCUCUUCCCUUCAGUUUGGUAUUCUUUCAUCAACCUGAGGAACUCGUCUUCCGGCGGGUCGCCCGCCUGGGUGGGCGACCAAUACGGCGGCCAGUGGGAGAGACCUCCGGUGCACAUGAACGCAACACGCACGUCGUCUCGCAGCGAGAGCGCGGCCUUGCGACAAGCCUCUCCCAACUCAAAUGCACGCGAGUACUUCAUCAGAGGCGGAGUGAAGACGUUUAGGAAAAUCGGCACGACGGACACAUUCUGCAAUGUUUCGUGGCAGCCCAUCAGGAGCCACGGCAUGAGCAGGUUGUUGCCGUACUCGACGGACCCGGUCCUCGCCACGUCGAAACCUUGCUCAACAAGAGAGCGGAUCAAGUGCUCUGCCACCUUCGGGUUGCCGGGGAAAUAGUACUUCUUCGGGAUCCUCAACGUCUCCAUCCACUGGUCGGCUGGACCGACAUGUGUAUCGGCAACCGAAACGGCGAUCGUCGGCAUCAGGUUGCGGAAAAAGUUCUCAAAGUGAUCGUCUAGAAAGGCGAAUAUGAUGUCCGGUUUGGCAUCCUGAAGCGUCUUGCCGAGUGCCGCAGUUGCUGCCUCUGUCGAUGCCCUCUGCUUCGGUUUGGCGGUUUCUGGGAACGCAAUUGCGCCUGGUGCAUGUGAAAGGCCAAUCGCGGCCACAAUCUUGCCCAUUUUUGGUGUAUGGAUUCUUGAUGACCGGCGUAUGCUGUAUCCUGUCUGGUUACAGGCGCGGUGGGUGCCCUUGCAGUACGAAUAUGGGAAGAUUGAUAUGGCAGAGAUGUGAGUAACAUUGAGCUACUUCAUGUCAGAGCCGAUAUGUGCCCAUGUUAUAUAAUUUGAACCCUUUUGGCCAGGUCAGAUUGUCCAUGAUUAUCAGAUCAUGCAUCGGGUUAAAUCAGUCGACUGUAAUGAGGUCGCGAGGUGGGAGCGGACAUCUCCGUUGAGACAACAAUGGCUAUUGAUAUCCCAAGCAAAAAAACCAGAUCCUGCUUUGUAUAGAUGGCUGGAUUGGGUAAGACUUCGUACGUCAGUGGGCUCACCUCGCGAUAAAACUCUAGAACUCGCGAGAGCAAAGAAAAAGCUCCUCUUUUGAGAUUGUUUCACGAAGCAAUAAAUCAUGUCGGAGAAGUCUUUAAAUGUGUUGGUUUUCGGCGCUACGGGCGUCAUAGGUCGGUUCAUCAUUGCGCAACUUGUAGCCAACAAGGCAGACUUCAAUCGUAUUGCGAUUUUUACAUCCUUAUCUACCAUAUCGAGCAAAUCACCAGAGAUCCAGAGACUCCGAAAUGAUGGGGUCGAGAUUAUAGUUGGCGAUGUUAACCUUGAUUCCGACGUCUUGAAAGCCUAUCAAGGCAUCGACACUGUUAUUUGCGCUUUCGGUCGCAAUGUUAUUGGAAAACAAAUUGAUCUAAUUCGAAUAGCGGAGGAGUCGAAAUAUGUGAAAUGGUUUUUUCCCUCAGAAUUUGGCACCGAUAUCGAGUAUGAGCCGGGAUCAAGAGAUGAGAUACCGCACCAAGAAAAGCUGAGAGUCCGAACCUAUAUCCGCGAACAUGUUAAAGAACUGGGACACACAUAUAUUGUAACUGGCCCUUACCCAGAGCUGUUUGUUGCCUCAUCUCCAGAUACAAAAAUGGGUACGUUUGACGUGAGGAACCGGACAGCGACCAUUGUCGGAACUGGUGAUGAACGGAUUGGUUUCACCACUAUGCAUGAUGUUGGUCGGUUCGUGGUUGCGGCAUUAAAGCGGCCGACGGAAGCCAGAAACCAAACACUUAAAGUGCAAUCAUUCGUGGCUACUCAGAAUCAAAUUAUUUCUGAGUUUGAGAAGCAAACUGCGACAAAGUGGGGUGUUGAGUACGUUCCUUUUAGUGAACUCACGGCGAAAGAGAAGUUGCAAUGGGCGGAAGAGAACCCGAUUGCACCCAUUUAUACGUUGCGAAGGAUUUGGAUUGGUGGAGGUACCUUGUAUGACCAUCUUGACAAUGAAAGUCUGGGAGUUUUGGAGACAGAUAAUUUGGAAAAAGUCAUAGCCCACAAGAUCCGAACGGGAGGAGGAUCCGCCAUACAAAGCGGUAAGCUUCAAUGA